AUGGAUCUGGUUGCAGAGGUUGAUCUUGCUGUGGGGGAAAUGGAGUGGGGAGAAGUGAUUUCCACUCUGCAGUCAGCGACCAAGGUUUUAUAUGGAGACAUAAACGACACCUCAUCUUCACCACCACCACCUCCUCUUCCUCCUCCCCCUCCUCCUCCUCCUUCUCCUGCCAUUGAAUAUCCAGAAGUUGGCUUUCACCCUCAGCCAGUAGGGUGUCUGUGUAAGGGAUACUGUGGGUACUUUCCAACCCAGUGCACUUUAAAGGGACCAGGGAUGGCUGUUCCAGGAUUGAACUGGACUGGGGUGGCUGAUCCUGGUGCCUAUCAUGGAUCAGGGUAUAAUCCAAACUCCAUGCAGUCAUUUAACUGCAACUGUCAGCAAAAGAAAGAAGUAAGACAUGCAAGAUGAUCCAAGGACAUGUAUCUAAAUCAUUAUCAAGUAUAUGGAUUGACACAAACUUCUCUUUCUACUCAUAGCCCCCGCCAUACAGUAAGUCUCCUGCGAGUUACAUCCCAGAGGAGGGAGCAGACUGUCAUCAGUCUCCUCCACGCCCAGUAAGAUACUAAUUAUCUUUACACACACAUGUGCACACUGAUGCUCUGAACUGUCUUCACUGUCCAGGUCCUGCUAGUUUGACUCUAUACAUGCAGUUACUUAAACUGGACAAAAAAGGACACCUCUUACAAAGAGACACAUAAGCAGCUCAUUAAAGCACUUGUUUUGUGUGUCUUUUUGUCUCCAGGAUGACAGUGGGUCUGUGUGGAGCCCCCCUGGAGCUAUGAACCAAGAACUGCGAUACAAGUGUGUGAGGCGAGCAUCAGUUCAAAAAAACGAUUCUGUCUCUUUUCCUUAUGCAUGUUCUUUCUGUUCACAUAGAAGGAGAAAAUAUGGGGAGGGGCAGAAGGAGCCAUACGUGAAGAAGCCUCUGAAUGCCUUCAUGCUCUUCCUGAAGGAGGAGAGGUCAAAAAUCACAGUAGAUCGUAGCAUUAAGGCUUUUGCAGCUUUGUGCUCUUCAUUGGGACAGAAGGUGAGUGUGUUAACUAUGAAUGUUUGACACUUUCAAAAAGAUCAUUUCCAUACCAAUGCAACCUCUGGAGAUACUGGUGCAAGUUCUCUGCGGGUGUGUCUACUAAAUUUGUGUUGUUGUUGGUCCACAAAAGUGGAAGUGUCUCUCAGACAAAGAGAAGGCCAAAUAUUACAGACAAGCGCACAAAGAGAGAAGGCUCCACUACCUGCAGCACCCUUACUGGUCCCCUUCUGAGAACUAUGUGAGUCAACUCUGCUGUCACACGUCAACAUCACUAUAACAGAGCUGCUGAACAAAGUUGGUGAAAAAAAAGCAUGUGUGUUUUUGUGUAGGGCAAAAAAAGGAGGAUCAGAGGCAGCCCACCCUCUAAAACUGGAGGUAAGAUGGCUCACAGAAAAGUUUUCUCAUGAGUUAAGAUGAACACUGGUAAACUGGCUGAAAAUAGUCAAUAACUCUCACAGUUUGAGCUGCAUCAAUAGUAACAGUCAACUCUGUAUUCACCUCAAGAUGAGCUGACUUAUCUAGUGAACAGGGUCGCAUGGAUACGUGUCAUACCUGGUUAAGGUUUUCACUGAUAUAAUUACGCUUGUUCUCCUGGAGUCUGUGAUUUGAUGUUGUUUGUUUGUUUAAACUUGUCUCUGUUCACGAAUGCAGAUCUAGGAUGUUCGCAUGUUCGUCCAAAUGGAAAUAAAACAAUGGCUAGGUUUUCAAAAUAAAAGCAACACACUUGUUUAACAUGUUGAUGAUUUGAUUGACGGACCUCACGAAGGGCCGGGCAGGGACAUCCAAAGGGCCGGAUGUGUCUUCUCUACACAGAUUUAUAUUCCAUUUCUGCUAUGUCUGUUCUGGAAAAAUUAUACUUAUACUUACAGCAAUUUGGCUGGUUGACUUAACUAGACUGUUUACCUUAGGUUAUAUAAAACGUGGUAACAUUGGACUCACAAGCUAUAUGUAAAUAACCUUUUAAAAACUCAGUUCAUGUUCAUCGUCAUUUAAAUGUGUUUUAUUGAGUGUUAUUCUUGUGUUUUCGCAGGAUUUGCGUCUAAACCUGAAGUAGCCUGUCAGCAGUGUGCGACCCUGGCAGAGAUGAGGGCACCUCACGCACACACUACUGUAACUCUGCCUGUGUGCAACAUCUGCCACCUCAUACAGGUGCCUCAUCCAGGUUGGCUUGUCUCCCAAACAAGAACAUCCUAG